UAGGAUUGAGAAUCCCGGGGAAAGGUACCUUUCAUUAGACUUUGUUUACUGUAGCUCUUUUUCCCAGCACCAGGGAGAGGAUCGUCUCCUAAGACUUCUUCAUGUCUCUGUGAAUCUACAGUGCCCCAGAAUGUGUUUCUCUUCUUGAGACACCAGGGAAAUCUUAGAACGCAAAGACCUCAAGAAGGAAGUCUGAAAAAAAACCGCUUUAGUUGGCUCAGUGAGACAAACAUUUAGAACAAAAACAGCAGAUAUCUUCAUGUUCUUAAAGGCAGCAGCCUCCAAGUGACUUCAAAGGGCUUCAUUCAGGUUUUAUUUGCUUAGGCAGAAGUAAGACAUUUAAAGAAAAACAUCUGGAAACCAUCAGAAGAACAUGGGAGAACCUGGGAAAAGGGUUGCAACCCAUGGGGUGACAUGCUUUUCAAAAAUGAAGAUGUUUCUUUUGGCAUUAACAGGGGCAUAUGUAGCCAAAUCACUAUCAGGAAUUUAUAUGAAUUCCAUGCUCACACAAAUAGAGAGACAAUUCAAUAUCCCCACAUCUAUAGUUGGAUUUAUCAAUGGGAGCUUUGAAAUUGGAAACCUUUUUUUCAUUAUAUUCGUGAGUUAUUUUGGAACAAAACUGCACAGACCUGUAGUGAUCGGUGUCGGAUGUGUGGUUAUGGGCCUAGGAUGUUUCUUAAUAUCGCUACCUCAUUUCCUGAUGGGCCGAUACGAAUAUGAGAAAACGAUCUCACCUUCAAGCAACUUGUCCUCAAACAGCUUCUUGUGUUCAGGAAACAGAACCCAGACUUUAACACCAACACCGGACCCUAAAGAGUGUUCAAAAGAAAUUAAAUCCUUAAUGUGGAUAUGUGUAAUGGUAGGAAAUUUUAUCCGUGGAAUUGGUGAAACUCCCAUCAUGCCCUUGGGUAUUUCCUACAUAGAAGAUUUUGCCAAAUCUGAAAACUCCCCUUUAUACAUUGGGAUUUUAGAAACAGGAAGGGUUCUUGGCCCGUUGAUUGGACUUUUAUUGGCAUCCUUCUGUGUAACCCUUUAUGUAGACAUUGGAUCUGUGAAUACAGAUGACCUGACCAUAACUCUCACUGAUACGCGCUGGGUCGGUGCUUGGUGGAUCGGCUUUUUGAUUUGUGCAGGAGUGAAUGUCCUGACCAGCAUUCCCUUUUUCUUUCUUCCCAAAACACUCCCAAAGGAAGGACUAGAGGAUAAUGCAGAUGUAACUAAAAGCAACAAAGAAGAGAAACACUGUGAAAAAGCUAAGAGGAGAAAACAUGGAAUGACCAAAGAUUUCUUGCCAUUCAUGAAAAGCCUCUCCUGCAAUCCGAUUUAUGUGCUUUUCAUACUUUUAAGUGUGCUCCAGGUCAAUUCAUUUAUCAUGACUUUUACCUUUAUGCCAAAAUACCUGGAACAGCAAUAUGGAAAAUCAACUGCAGAGAUAAUCUUUCUCAUAGGUGUUUAUAGCUUACCUCCAAUAUGCAUUGGAUAUUUAAUUGGUGGCUUGAUUAUGAAAAAGUUCAAGAUAACUGUCAAGAAAGCUGCAUGCAUAGCUUUCUCUUUAUCCCUGAUUGAGUACCUUUUAUUUUUCUUGAACUAUAUGUGGACUUGUGAUAAUUUCCCAGUUGCUGGCUUAACUGCAUCUUAUGAACAUGAACGAAUUCAACAGCCUUUGUAUGUGAAGAAAAAUAUUCUUGCAGAGUGCAACAAAAAGUGUAACUGUUUAACUAAAACGUGGGAUCCAGUGUGUGGAGACAACGGCCUAUCAUACAUGUCAGCCUGCCUUGCAGGCUGUGAAAACUCUGAUGGAACAGGAAUCAACAUGGUGUUUCAAAACUGCAGCUGCAUUCAGUCUUCAGGAAGCUCAACUGCAGUCCUUGGGCUGUGUAACAAAAGCCCUGACUGCACUAUCAAGCUACAGUACUUUUUAAUCGUGUCAGUCUUCGGCUGUUUCAUCUUCUCACUGGCAGUCAUACCUGGGUAUAUGGUUCUUCUGAGGUGUAUGAAGUCUGAAGAGAAAUCCCUUGGAGUUGGAUUACAUACAUUUUUCAUAAGAGUAUUUGGGGGCAUUCCAGCACCUAUUUACUUUGGUGCCUUGAUAGACAGAACCUGUUUACACUGGGGAACUCUGAAAUGUGGUGAGCCAGGGGCAUGCAGGAUGUAUGAUAUAAAUGAAUUCAGGCACAUUUACGUUGGGUUGCCAGCAGCUCUAAGAGGAUCAAGCUAUCUUGUGUCAAUCUUCAUUCUAAAACUUUUGAGGAAGUUCCAACUCCCUGAGGAAACUGACUCUUCAGAGGCUGAACUUGCUGAGAUGAAGCUCACAGAGAAGGAAAGCGAGUGCAUGGAUGUGCACAGAAGUCCUGAGUUUGAGAAUGACAGAGAACUGAAAACGAAGCUGUAAUGAGAUUUCUAAUGGCCUGCAUAGGCCCAUGGACAGAGUCUGCAUUUGGUUCUUCUGAGUCAUGAGUUAUGGGAACAAUUAUUCUGAAAGAUCUUAAGAAUGAUUUUUAGUAAUGACAAAAAUAUUUACUGUUAUUAUUUUUAAAAUACAGUGGUAGCACUUAAGAUUAUCCCAGGGAAGACGAUGGUGAUCCCCCUAUCCUCCCCCACGCAUAGAACUUUAAAUCAGUAUGCAUAUGAAAAAGGUAUUUUUUUCUCUUUUAAGUCAAUUAAAGCAAGUGUGUAUUUCUCAAAUACGCUCAAAAAGCUUUAAGACUUCUCCAUUCUCUAAACACCAUUCAAUCUCAUUAAAUUUGUGCUUCGAUGUUGGAGUCAUUCAGAGCUAAAAAUUGAGAUCUUACUUGUGUUCCAUUGAAAUAAUUUAUUCAAAUUUAUACUUUCUUUAUGCAAGAUAUCUGCAUACCUCUUCAUCCACUUAGAAGUUUUUCACUCUCUUUUUUUUGUUCUCGGCACGAUGAUUCCAAUAUUAGAUGUCUCAUUAAUGUGUCGUCUGUUGUUUUAAUUCCUUCUUUCAUUACUCGUGCCACAAUUUGAUAACUUAGAGCACUGAGAAAUCAUGCUAUUGAAAAUCUGAUUUUUUAUAACCUCUUUUCCAUAGCAGUUCAAAGAUGGUCAUGAAACUCAUUCUUAAAAGCAGGCAUUUGAGAAAGCCAGUCCAUUCAAAGGCCGUUGUAUAGAUGGGGCAGUAUGUUAGUGAUAUAAUGCUUGCCUAGCAUGUGUGCGGCCCUGGUUUUAACCCCAAAGUAGAGUAAACUACUGAAAAUAAAAUGAGAUACAACAAAAUAAUAAAAUAAAAUAAAAAAUAAAUUAAGCUUUGAUGUUUCAGAUGUUCUCAAAAGACUACUAUUUCAUAUUCAGGUGGCCUCUUUGGCCUAUUGUUCCUUUUACUCGUGUGUCCUUAGACACAUUGAGGUCUAUUAAUUUUAAAAAUAUUUUUAUAAUAAAACAUUUAAAGAGAGAUGAGUUAGAUGGUUCAGUGAAAAGGACUCUUGGCUCCCAAGCCUGACAAGAUGGGUUUGAUCUCUGUGACAACAUGGUGGAAGGAGAGAUCCAUGUCUUGCAAGUUAUCCUAUGCCAUCUCCUCCUGUACUGUGGUGUAUACACCACUUCUUCAAACAAACAAAUAAAUAAAUAAACAGAUAAAAAUUAUAAAUUUUUAAAGAGAGUCUUAUGCUAUAAAAGUGGAAUCAAAAAUAUUGAAGCUAUACAUUAAUGGCAAAAUCAAGUUGUGACAGUUUGAUUGAGAAUUGCUCCUCAGGCAAAUGGACAUUUGAUUUCCAAUUGAUAACUCUGCUUGUGGACAAUUAGGAUUCUUCCUUAAUGGAGAAAAUGCACCACUGAGUUGGGUGUUGAGAGUUAAAAGCCUCACUUCCUGUUCACUCUCUGCUUUGUGCUUUGGUUAAAAAAGUGGGAACUCAGCUUCUCCCCAGUCACCAUGCUUGCUGUUUCCUGUCAUGCCUUCUUACCAUAAAAGAAUUCUGUCACUCUGGAAUCAUAAACAAAAAUAAACUCUUUCUUCUAUA